GCCAUGGAGAAAUGGCCAAUCAGAUCGCUUCGUGGACUCAAGACGUGUUGGGAUUGGUUCAUUUCAAACGUGGGUUGAAUGCAGCACCAGGACACGACGGCGUUUGGUCUGGCGGCAGUGCCUCCCAGUAGCGAUCCCCACCGACUCCUGAGCUAUGUGCUCAGCAUCAUGCCUCAGUACACGUCCAUGGAACUGAGUUCCACGCACUUUCGUCUGUACAACCAACACUUGCGCCGGGAACUGGACCAAGUCCGCCAAUCGCUCGAGUUCAUGCAAGAACGCGCGCACGACGAAGAGGAGAAGCGGAUGUUUGUGGAAAAGUACGCAAGCGAAGUCGUCAAGGAACGCAACGAGUUGCUCCACCACAAAGGCAAGAAGACACAUAAGCUGUGGCACAACUGCUGUCGAAAGCACGCGUCGUACGACUUGGACGUGACGCCGUCCAUCACGUCGCUCCGCGGCGAGAAGCUCACGGAAAUGACCCUCCAGCUUAAACAGAAUGUGCAAGCGCUGCACGAAAAGGAUCGUCUACUUCAAACAGCCCAGCAUGUGGCCCACACCAAGCAGAUCGAGCUCGAUGCGCACAUGUCUAGCUGUCGGAAGGAGCGGGACCAUUUACAUGAGUAUAUUGCUCAGAUCUCAGGCCUGCAUACCGCCCAAGAGCGGCAGCUGUACGAGGCGCAGAGCCAACUGGCGGUCGAAGUACAAGCCAACGAGAAGAGCCAUCGGGAGAUAGACGACCUGCACCAGCGGCUGGACGAGCUCGAAGCACUCGUGGAGAACCAGCGCAAUGAGCUCGCGGAAAAAGACUGCCAAGUGGACCAGUUGAAGCAGUUGGUCAAGAAUGCGGCGGCGGUGGAGCGCCAGCUACAAGAGGAGUGCCGACGUCUAGCACAGCCCGGCCGCGAUGCGGAAAUUGAGGCAUUGCAGAGUCAAGUCGAAGCGUUGCAAACAGCCGACGUGCAGCAGCUCACGCGCAAGUAUACCAAGCACAUUCAGUUGCUUCAAGAUCAGCUGGACAAACAAAGCCGCACAAUUGAUCGGCUGGAGCAAGAACUCCAUCAUUUCCGCCCCAUGACGCUGGACGACAUGACCGACUCACACAACGCCCCAUCGCUCGCGUCUUCGUGGCACGACAGCUUCGGGACGAUGUCGCGAAGGUCUUCCAUCGCCGCUGACUUGCCGCCGGAUCCAUCUGUCUUGUUGCACGAAUCGCAUGAACCGAGUCGCUCUAGCAGCACUCCAAACGACAGCGAAUGCUUUCAUCCCACGACCGACUCGAGCGAUGACGGUCGGAUCGAUCGAGAUGGCAUUUUGAAGCAGCUGCAGCUCCUGGUAGAAGAGUCGGACCGCCGACGGAAAGCCGAAGAAGCACAAGCUCGACUGGACCAAGACGUCCUCGGACAUGUGCGGCGGCGGGUCCAAGCAUUCACCGCGCCGUCAUGACUCCAUUUCUAGACCGCUUCAGUUCACCCUGGAAUAAACGAACGGUGCAAACGCA